CCCCUUCCCCUGUAUCCUCCUAAUUAAGACAAAACAAUAUCCGGUCCAUUUUCUACUCGGUUUCCAGUGUUUUGGGUGUGUUUACGGUUUAUCGUCGCAUGAAUGAUUGAUUAAAAUAAUUAUAAUAAUAAAACAACUCCCGGAAGUCACCAACACCCAGCACCAGAGUACCACCGAGCCGCUGAUUGAAUGACAGCCGCCUGCUGAACUCCGCGUCGGCUUGGAUGUGCUCAGUCUCCCUGGAGUGCGUGUGGGAGGAGGAGGAAGAAGUUUCUCCCACCCCCCAAAAGGCACGCUCCUUCUUAGACGCGCUAAUACGAGGAAGGAAACAGACGAUGCCUGUCGACCCUCGCGGACGCUGGAUUUGCUAAUUGGCGACAUUAUUCCACUUUAGUCAAGUUCUUCUGCGUGGCCGUGGAGAGAUUGUCGAAUCAGAGGAUGCUCCCACAGGUCAUUCGGAUCCUUUACGUCUUGUCGUUCUGCUUUUUCCAGGGAGGCUUUAUCAGACUGAGCUCCUGUAAGGAGGAGAUAAAGCCCCCCGGCAGGGCACCGCAACUGUCGCCUUCUGACUUCCUGGACAAGCUCAUGGGACGAACAUCGGGAUACGAUGCCCGCAUCAGACCCAACUUCAAAGGCCCGCCCGUGAAUGUCACCUGCAAUAUUUUCAUCAACAGCUUCGGUUCCAUCACGGAAACCACCAUGGACUACAGGCUUAAUGUGUUCCUACGCCAAAAAUGGAACGACCCCCGUCUGGCGUACAGCGAAUACCCGGACGACUCGCUGGAUCUGGAUCCGUCCAUGCUGGACUCCAUCUGGAAGCCCGAUUUGUUUUUUGCCAACGAGAAGGGCGCCAACUUCCACGAGGUCACCACUGACAACAAGCUACUCAGGAUUUUCCAGGAUGGCAGCGUUCUGUACAGCAUCAGGCUUACUCUCAUCCUGUCCUGCCCCAUGGACUUGAAGAAUUUCCCCAUGGACAUUCAGACGUGCACCAUGCAGCUUGAGAGCUUCGGCUACACCAUGAACGACCUGAUCUUCGAGUGGCUUUCUGAGAAUCCCGUCCAAGUAGCCGACGACCUCACCCUGCCCCAGUUUGUGCUUAAAGACGAGAUGGAUUUGGGCUACUGCACUAAGUAUUACAACACAGGUAAAUUCACCUGCAUAGAGGUGAAGUUCCACCUGGAGCGUCAGAUGGGCUACUACUUGAUCCAGAUGUACAUUCCUUCGCUCCUCAUCGUCAUCCUCUCGUGGGUGUCUUUCUGGAUCAACAUGGACGCCGCCCCCGCCAGGGUGGGCCUGGGCAUCACCACUGUGCUCACCAUGACCACGCAGAGCUCCGGCUCGCGGGCCUCCCUGCCAAAGGUGUCCUACGUGAAGGCCAUUGACAUCUGGAUGGCGGUGUGUCUUCUGUUUGUGUUUGCCGCCCUGCUGGAGUACGCAGCGGUCAACUUUGUCUCGAGGCAGCACAAGGAGUUCAUCAGGCUGAGGAAAAAGCAGCGGCAGCAAAGAAUUGACGAGGAGAUGUUGCGGGAGAGCCGCGGAUUCUAUUUCCGGGGUUCCGGCUUGGGCCACUGCCUGCAGUCCAAAGACGGCCCCGCCGUGGAGGGACCCACCGUUUUUGGCCCAUCGCCUCCCGUGACGGUGCACGACGGCGAGUUUCUCCACAAGCGCUUCGUGGACCGGGCCAAGCGCAUCGACACCAUCUCCAGAGCUGUCUUCCCGUUGAGCUUCCUCAUUUUCAACAUCUUCUACUGGGUCACCUACAAAGUGCUGCGACACGAGGACAUUCAUGCCAAUUUGUAAAGAGCUUCCGCCUUUCUACAGACUUUGCCAGGAUUUGCCUCCAUUGCGGCGAGGAGCAGGAGCGUUCCUCUUGGAAUUAGGAAUGAACGCUAAACCCAAGAGCAUCUCUGGGCGCUCGAGAGUGUUCAAAGCCAAAAGAAAAAAAAUUGAACUGACUGGCUUCAGGAUGAAGUUUUUGCCUCUGGUUCGAUUACGCCGGCGGAUCCUUGCCGGUGAUGUCACCAAGUGAGGACUGGUGAGACUUGAGUUUCGACACUUUGUGUGUCUGAAUGUUUUCCAAAAUUCAAACAGCGGUGGCUUUUUCUACACUUUUCGUUCAACAGGCAAGGGUGUCUGAAAAGGGUCUUUCAUAUUUUCAAGUAUUCUGUAAGUGGUGACUUUACCGACUUGUAAUGACAUUAUCUAUAGAUAUAUUGACAGUGUACAAAUUGUAAAAUAAUAAAAGAAGCCGUUGCCAAAACCGCACAAAGCACAAAUAGAUUUUCAUUUUGAGUCAAAAUAAAAUGCUUUUUUUUUUCUGACAGGAUGAUUGAAUUCCUUUUAAAUCAAAUAAAUUAAUUAAUCCAUCACAUUUGCACUUAUAUACAGUGAUUUACCACAUAUCUGUGUUUUGGCAUUUGCAAAUUCACUUUUUUUUAAGCUAUCCUCUUUUAUUUGCCCAAAACUUAACUUAUUUUCUGUUUUAAGUGUUUUCUGCCAUCUGUGUACUAAGGAACUGUGUUGAAGGGAGUUGAGGAGUUGCAUUUGGAGUAAAGUGGUGGUUUGCUCCCAUCUUGUGGCAUCUUGAGUCCAAGUAAUGAUGUUGAAGUGGAUUGAGGAUCUUCCUUUAGACAAAAGUUGUGUUUUGCUACCUUCUUGGAAUCUCCAGGCAAUUAUAAGCCCAGUUCCAUGCAGAUUUUUGGUAUUUGUGGCAGCGCUUGUUCCCUAUCUCCAAUGAAUAGCUGGGGUUGACUGCAGUUCAAUUUCCCCGUGCGAUCAGGUCCAAUUUUCACUUAAGUGAUCAUUAAGAAUUUUGUUGAUUGUUUGGAAUUGAUUAAAAAUGGAGUGAACAACUUGGUUGUUCAUGAUUCAGUUGUGAAGAGACAUGUAAAAAAAUGUUGACAUUUCAAUGUUCAUUAUUUCAAAAACCCACCAUUCAUUUCAAUA